AGCACGACGAGAUUCUCUACUUCUGACCCGUUUCUGGCCGUUUCCCUAAUCCACACCGUACGACCUAAAGGAAUCGCGGAUUUCCCACUCGCAGCAGAUCUUGUUCUUCCUCCACCCAUUUUCAUCGUUGAAAAGUAAAUGGUGUAAUCUUUCUCGAAUCCAUGGACUCAUGGAGCUGUUUCAACGUAAAUCGAUGGUCGAUGGUAAUACUAAUACUAAUUAAUCUGGGUUUAAGCUCAGUGGUUCCAGGCGUUUUGGGAUGCUUUCCCUCCAUCUUCAACUUUGGGGAUUCGCUUUCGGAUACUGGAAAUCUCUUCCACACUUGUGCUUCUGACGAUCCAAGCCGCUCUUGCUUUUCCCCUUACGGCGAUACCUUCUUCCAUCGUCCCACCGGCCGGUUUAGCGACGGCCGUCUCAUUCUCGACUUCAUUGCCGAAUCGUUAGGGCUUCCACUGUUACAGCCAUAUCUAGGAGUGGAAGGAAAGAGGAAUAUUAGCAUUGAGGAAUUUGGGAACGGACUAAAUUUUGCAGUUGGUGGAGCAACCGCGCUCGAUGCGUCGUUUCUUCGAGAGAAGGGGGUUUUUUUGGUACCCACAAAUUACUCUCUCAAGGUUCAAUUCCAAUGGUUUAACGACACUUAUUCAUCGCUUUGCACUUCCUCUUCUGCUGCUACUGCAAAAUGCAGAGAAAUCCUUAGUAGUUCGUUAGUUCUUGUGGGAGAAAUAGGAGGCAAUGAUUACAAUUAUCUAUUCUUUCAACGAUAUAGCUUGGAAGAAGUCAAGUUCUUUGUACCAUUAGUGGUUCAAACAAUUUCUUCAACAAUCACAGAGUUGAUCAAGUUGGGUGCUAAGACUUUAAUAGUUCCUGGGGACAUUCCAAUUGGGUGUAAUCCAUUAUAUCUCAAGAUUUAUGAAAAUUCAGUUCGAAACUCUGAAAAUGGUUGUUUGGAUUGGCUGAACCAAUUCUCUGAGUACCAUAAUAAACAACUUCAAGAAGAAUUGGAACGAAUUCGAGCUCGUCAUCCUUAUGUUCGUAUCAUGUAUGCAGACUAUUACAAUUCUGCCAUGCAUUUCUUCAGUAAUGCCUCAGAACAUUUUGGAUUGACAAAUACAAUGGAGAUUUGUUUGGGGCUUAAGAAUGUUACUUUCAACGAACACAUAAAACAUGGAGUGCCAUUUUUUACCUCGUGUGAUGAUCCUUCAAAGUAUGUUAAUUGGGAUGGUUUGCACUUAACAGAAGCAGCUCAUAAACUAAUUGCCAUGGAUUUGCUACAAGGAUCAAAUACUAGUCCUCAGACUAAAGGCUUGUGCAUUUCAAAAAAUGUCGCAACUAAAUUUCUUCGAUUGGAUUAAACUCCACUUUUGUUUUGGUUCUUGUCUUAUGUCUGUAUGUGAAGAUCUAAGGUGUUACAAAUUAGGUUAGUGCAAAUUGGUUGAAUUAGUCUUUAUUCUUUAUCUUCCAAGUCUGUUUCUGUUGUUAGAAUCUUCAGCAUUUGUUAGGAGUUUAUUUAGCAAGUUUGUUAUCCUUUUUCUUAGGAGCUUUUAGUUGUUUAGAUGUUUUUGGGGUUUCUAAUUAUACUCUUCAAUUUUACUGGAUUUCAUCAAAGGUUUCAAAUAAAAGAAGAUUUUUUUCUCCUCA